UGUGAGCGUCUGACGGCUCACUGACAGACACGGGGUGACAGGGGAAGCCAUGGACCUCCCUGGGGACGAGUUCCCCCCGGUAGCCGAGGAUGAAUGGCUGGAAAUGAUGGAGAGAAGCUUCAGUGAGCCUGAAACUAAACCUACUGACCGAUGUCCAAAAAAUAUAAUCCCACGGACCAAACUGUGCAGAGGCAUCAACAACAGAUACUGUGUUCUGAUCGUUAAAGAAGUAUGCAUAAAUAGACAGGAGGAGAAACAUGUGACUAUUACACCAUCCCUGGAAGGUGACGAUAAAGAACUCUGCAUUCUAAAGGAUGAUUGGGCAUAUCUUCAAAUCCAUCCAGGGGAUAUUAUACACUUGGAGGGCAGCUGUGCAUUGGAGAAUACAUGGACUAUAACCAAAGACUCUGGAUAUCUGAUUUUGUAUCCUGAUCUACUCAUAUCUGGUACCAGCAUAGCAAAUGGAAUUCGGUGUUUGCGCAGAUCAGUAUUAAGUGAGAAAUUCAAGGUUUGUGAUAAAGGAUCACGCCAGAUGCUGGUUGGUACAGUUUUGCACGAUAUUUUUCAAAGGGCAACAGCACGAGCGUUUACCAAUGAUGUUUUGCAAGAACUUUCCGUUAAUACAGUCCACGGCCCUAAAUAUUUGAAAGAAAUGUAUCAGUUAAAUUUAAAUCAAAAUGACAUCAUGGAAGAAGUGCAGGAGUAUUUGCCGUCAUUUUCCAAGUGGGCUUCUGACUGCUUGGCACCUUCUACUAAACAGCAUCCUUUCAGGAGUAAACGACCCUUGACUGAAGAAAUAAAACAACCUACAGGUGCUACUCAAGUGUCAGAGUUUUUGGAUAUUGAGGAAAAUAUAUGGUCCCCAAGAUUUGGUCUAAAAGGUAAAAUUGAUGUAACGACCAAAGUAAAAAUACAUCAGAAGUCCAAAACUCUUUUCAAGACGAUGCCUCUAGAACUUAAAACUGGCAAAGAGUCAAACUCCAUAGAACACAGAAGUCAGGUUAUUCUGUAUACUCUGUUAAGUCAGCAGAGAAGAGAAGAUCCUGAAGCUGGCUUAUUGCUAUAUUUAAAAACUGGAACUAUGUACUCUGUGCCUGGAAACCAUCUUGACAGGAGAGAGCUCUUGAAAAUCCGGAAUGGUUUAUCUUUUUACUUGACCAAUAUCGUGCAAAAAUCGGAAUCAAAAAACGGAAACCGAGAAAUGAAACUUUCCUCACUGCCACCAGUAAUUGCUGAUAAGCAAGCCUGCAGGUUUUGUUCUCAAAUGCGGAAUUGUGCUCUUUACAACAGAUCAGUAGAACAACAAAGUGAGAGCUGCUAUAUCCCUCCUGAAAUGAUUCCGGUUAUCGAAAAGGAGACUGAACACUUGAAAGAAUCACAUUUCCAGUACUUCAGUCUCUGGUACUUGAUGUGUUCUUUAGAGUCCCAAUUAAAGGACUCCAAAACGGGUCGCAGUAAUAUCUGGAUGAUGUCUUCCUCUGAAAGAGAAGACGACGGGCAGUGUGUUGGAAAUCUCUUAAGAACAGCGGCUGUUCAAGCCAUCUCUGAAAGUCAAUAUUUACAUUGCUUUCAGCGCAUAACUGGUGAAAUCCCAGGAACAAAUUUGAUGUCUGGGGACAGAGUUGUAGUAAGUGGAGAGGAAAGUCACUUACUUGCCCUGUGUACUGGCUAUAUCAAAGAAGUGAGCACCAAAAGUAUCACAUGCAUUCUGGACAGGAGUCUUGCCAAGCUACCUGAAAAUACAGUGUUUAGACUGGAUCAUGAAGAGGGGGGAGGAGGCUUGGAUUCGCACCUUGGGAAUCUGUCGAAAUUAAUGGAAAAUUGUGCCUCAAGUGCGAAACUGAGAGAUUUGAUCAUUGAUUUUCGCAAUCCUUGCUUUGUUCAGCAUUUAAGCUCCAUUCUUCCUCACAAUGCGAAGGACACAGUUGCUAAUAUUUUGAAAGGCCUCAACAAGCCACAGAAACAAGCAAUGAAACGUGUGCUGCUGUCUAAAGAUUACACUCUUAUUGUUGGCAUGCCUGGGACAGGAAAAACUACUACAAUUUGCACUUUAGUCCGAAUUCUGUACACUUGUGGCUUUAGUGUGUUACUGACCAGUUACACACACUCGGCAGUGGAUAAUAUUUUGCUAAAAUUAAAAAAGUUCCAGGUGGGUUUUUUGAGACUGGGUCGUACACAGAAGAUUCACCCAGAAAUUCAGAGGUUUGGUGAAGAAGAAAUCUGCAGAGCCAAGUCCAUUGUAUCUUUAAGCAGUUUACAAGAACUAUAUGACAGUCAGCCUGUGGUUGCGACAACCUGUAUGGGUGUGAACCAUCCAAUCUUUACGCGAAGACGAUUUGAUUUCUGCAUUGUGGAUGAAGCGUCUCAGAUUAGUCAGCCAAUAUGCUUAGGCCCCUUAUUCUUUGCAGACAGAUUUGUCCUAGUGGGAGACCAUCAACAGCUGCCCCCACUGGUCCGGAGCUCAGAGGCAAGGGAACUCGGAAUGAGUGAGAGCUUGUUCAAAAGGCUGGAGAAAAAUCAGGAUGCAGUAGUGGAACUGACCGUGCAAUAUCGCAUGAAUAGAAAGAUCAUGGAACUGAGCAAUCAUUUGGUAUAUGAAGGCAGACUCGAGUGUGCAUCCGAACGUGUAGCCACAGCAACCAUUCAACUACCUCAUCUGUCCAGUUUGAAGCUGGAACUGGAAUUUAAAGAGAGUCAGCUAACGACGUGGGUCAAAGAUGUAUUGGAACCAAGUAAUCCUGUCUGCUUUCUGAACACAGAUAAGAUCCCCGCUCUGGAAACUGUAGAAAAAGGUGGCGUCAGUAACUGGAUUGAAGCUAAGCUGGUGUUCCAUCUUACUUCUCUGUUUCUAAAGGCUGGAUGCAAACCUUCGGACAUUGGCAUUAUAGCUCCAUAUCGACAACAAUUAAAAGUAAUUUCUGGUUAUUUAAUAGCGCUGUCCUCCAGUGCCGUAGAAGUGAAUACAGUCGACAAGUACCAAGGGAGAGAUAAAAGCAUCAUCAUUUUGUCCUUUGUCAGAAGCAAUAUUGAUGGAAAACUUGGCGAUUUAUUGAAGGACUGGAGGAGGCUUAAUGUGGCACUUACAAGAGCCAAACACAAGCUGAUCAUGAUAGGCUGUGUGCCAACUCUGUGCCGUUUCUCUUCGCUGGAGAAGUUAAUAACCCAUCUAAAGAGUGAUAAUCUCAUAUCCUUUUUUGAUUUCUAUUAA